AUGGCAGCCGACCCAGCACCCAUCGGUCAGGAAGAGCUCGUGAUCAUCAAGAUGGAGGAGGAUGAGGCCGCCCUGUGGGAUCCUGAACCGUUCUUCAAGCCUCAGCCCCAAACCCUGUUGCCUGGGCUUGGUAGGGACCCCCGGCAGUGCUUCCGGAGCUUCCGCUAUGAGGAGGCAGCAGGGCCCCGCGAGGCGCUGGCCCGGCUCCGGGAGCUGUGCCGCCAGUGGCUGCGGCCCGAGGUGCACUCCAAGGAGCAGAUGCUGGAGCUGCUGGUGCUGGAGCAGUUCCUGGGCGUGCUGCCACCUGACACCCGGGUCUGGGUGGAGUCCCAGUGCCCCGAGAGUGGCGAGGAGGCUGUGGCACUCGUGGAGGACCUCGCUCAGAUGUUGCAGGAGACUGCCCUGGCCCAGGCCCCUCCCGAGGACCAACGGUUUGGAGACCUGGCAGAGCCGGCCAAGCCCUUCGCGGAUGGAGCUCAGGUGGAGAAAUACUGCUUGGAGAAGGACGUCCCUUUCAACGUUCUUCUGCUGCUCGACAGGGCUCCGGGCCACCCCCCGUUCAUGGACGACUUUCAUCCCAACGUCAAACACGAGGAGCUCACUGAUGACGACCUGAUGGAGCUGGAGGCCCAGAGGAAGGACGAAGAGGGGCAGCAGGAGCAGGAAGCAACUGAAGAGCCGAAGAGAUUCACGACGCAGGAAAUGGCACGGGGGCUUUCUUUAUUUGAGGAGGCGCUGCUAGUGUUUGAGGCACAGGACCCGAACGUAGAACGCGGGUCAGGGCUGGGGCGGCAGCGGCCCUGA